CAUGGUUGUUGUUGUUGUGAUAUCCGCUAGUUGUCAUCUGUCAAACGGCGGCAGGUUUACCUCCAACAGGGCGGAAAUUAACCACAGAUUUUCAGACACGGUUCGCGGUUAGAAUCAAUAUGAAAUGUGAGAUUUAAUGAAACUGUUUUCCGUCGCGGCUGAGAGAUAAACGUCUUUGAUUCGGCUGACGUCGCCCUGCUAGCUGGCUAACUUGGACAAGUUAGUCGGUUAUGGAUUGCACGGCUCUGGAGCACGACGCCGUCAAAUUUGCCAAAACGGCUGUGACCUACGACCAGAAUGGGAAGUACAACGAGGCCGUGUUUUAUUACAAGGAAGCAGCCCAGGCCCUUAUCUAUGCCGGCAUGGCAGGGUCCAAACUGGAGGGAAUCCAGGACAAAGUGAACGAAUACCUGGACCGGGUCCAGGCCCUCCACAAUGCAGUCCAGGCGCAGAGGAGCGACCCGCUGAAGUCCCGGCAGCAGGUGGACCUGGAGCGCGCCCACUUCCUGGUCACCCAGGCCUUCGACGAAGAUGAGAAGGGGAACGACGACGAGGCCAUUGAGCUGUACAUGCAGGCUGUGGAGCUGUGCAUCAAGACGUCCAAUGAGACGUCGGACCAGGCGCUUCAGGCCAAGCUGAAGCAGCUCGCUCGUCAGGCCUUGGAUCGGGCAGAGGGCCUGAAAGAUUCUCAGUCCAAAUUGACUCCAGCCCAGCCUCAGGACAGGACGGGGUCUUCUGGGACCAAACCCAGCGGCGGUGGCACUCCUGGAGGUCCGGUCCGUCAGUUCUUCCCCCUCGGGCCGGACUUCAGCCUCCAUGACCGACCGCAGCCUCAACCGGUCCGGGCGGUCCAGUCCAGCGAGCCUCAGGGCCAGCGCUACACCUCUGAGGAGAUCGAGGUGCUCAGGAGUACGUCCACAAUCAACGGCAUAGCGUAUGUUCCCUUCAUGAGUGUGGACCUGAAGGAGAGGUUUGCCUUUCCUGUCCCUUUCUCGGACAAAACAGGGAAGCUGGCGCUGUCGCCCAAGCAGAAAGCGAUCUUCUCCCGCUGGGUGAGGCCAGACGAGAUCUGCAAUAACCCCACCAUGAUCCUGUCUGUGUCCAGCUUCAGCAUCAAACAGACCGUGGUGUCCGACUGUUCCUUCGUGGCGUCUCUAGCCAUUAGCGCGGCCUACGAGAGGCGCUACAACAAGAAACUUAUCACCAGCAUCAUCUACCCUCAGAACAGACGAGGCGAGCCGGAGUACAACCCGUGUGGGAAGUACAUGGUCAAACUUCACAUCAACGGAGUACCGAGGAAGGUGAUCAUAGACGACUACCUGCCGGUGGAUCGCAACGGAGAGCUGCUGUGCUCGUACUCCAGCAACAGGAACGAGCUGUGGGUCUCCCUCAUAGAGAAGGCCUACAUGAAGGUGAUGGGAGGCUACGACUUCCCCGGCUCCAACUCGAACAUUGAUCUGCACGCGCUCACCGGGUGGAUCCCUGAACGCAUCGCCAUGCACUCAGACAAUCAGUCAUUCAGCAAGGACGACACCUUCCGCAUGCUCUACCAGAGGUUUCACAGGGGUGAUGUCCUCAUCACCACGGCAACAGGCGUGAUGACAGAGGAGGAAGGGGAGCGGUGGGGUUUGGUGCCAACGCACGCCUACGCCGUCCUUGACAUCAGGGAGCACAAGGGGAUGCGUUUCCUGCAGCUGAAGAACCCGUGGAGUCACCUGAGAUGGAAAGGCCGCUUCAGCGAGCGCGACGAGAAGAACUGGACCCCCGAACUCCUCAAAUACCUCAACUUUGACCCAAAGACGGCGCAGAAGUUUGACAACGGUGUUUUCUGGAUCGUGUGGGAGGAUUUGUGUCAGUACUACGACGUCAUCUACCUGAGCUGGAACCCCGGCCUGUUCAGAGAAUCCUCCUGCAUCCACAGCAGCUGGGAUGGGAAGCAGGGCCCGGUGAAGGACGUGUACAGCCUGGCCAACAACCCACAGUACAAACUGGAGGUGCAGUGUCCAGCAGGGGGCGCUGCGGUCUGGGUGCUGCUCACCAGACACAUCACUGACAAGGAUGACUUUGCUCAAAACAGGGAGUUCAUCACACUUGUUGUUUACAAGACGGAUGGAAAGAAAGUUUAUUACCCAGCGGACCCUCCCCCCUACAUCGACGGCAUCCGCAUCAACAGCCCGCACUACCUGACCAAGAUGCGGCUGACCAGCGCGGGAACACACACCUUCACUCUGGUGGUUUCCCAGUACGAGAAGCAGAACACCAUCAACUACACACUGAGGGUGUACUCGGGAUGCAAGUUCACUUUCUCCAAGAUCCCGACGCCCUUCACUCACACCAAAAGGAUCAACGGCCAGUGGAAGGGGCCGAGCGCCGGGGGUUGUGGGAACUACAAGGACUCGUACAAACACAACCCCAUCUACCAGUUCAGCGUGGAGCGGCCGGGACCGCUGCUCGUCGAGCUGCGAGGCUCAAGGCAGUACAGCGUGGGCUUUGAGCUGGUGACGGUAUCGACGACAGGAGACCCGGGACCAGCGGGUUUCCAGAAGAAGAGCAGCGGAGACUACAGGUGUGGUUUCUGCUACCUGGAAGUGGACCACGUCCCAGCAGGCAUCUACAACAUCACCCCUACCACCUUCCUGCCCAAACAGGAAGGUCCCUUCUUCCUGGACUUCUCCAGCUCCUCGCCCCUCAAGGUCUCCCAGCUCCAAUGAGGAGCCCAGGGAUUGGGAGAGAGGGAGAGGCACGCAGGGUCAUCGUGGGAUCCCCGUAAAGCUGGACUUGGGCUGGACUGACAGUUUGGGAUGUGACCGGGAGCUCUGGCUGUUCAGCGCUACAAACAGCCUCUCCCCGCCAUCCCCUCUCGCCAAAUCUGUUUUCAGGAGUUUGUGUGAACCGGACUGAUCUAUAAAACUUUCUGAGGCUGAUGUAUGAUGCUGAAUCAUUGGUACGUGAUACUACUGGUAGAGCGAUCACGCAAGAUUUUCCAGAGCAAUUGGAGCGGACGAAUGUUUGGAGUGCAACAAAUCCACCAAAACUUCACCAAAAAAAAAGAAAAAACUGCCAAAGGACAAACUACCUUUCGGAGGGCUGCUUUACCUCCUUUGCCAUAAUAAUAACACAGUAAUUACCCAUAUAGAACUGAGCUCAUGACAACCAGAUGCAGUAAUAAGCAUCGGCAUCGUUGUUCUGAUCUGUAGGCGUCGAGCAGCAGCAGUAAUAACAGAUUUAUCUUUAUAUUCUGGACUGACUGAAUGUGGACGAGUAACAGGCUGAGAAACGAACCCCCUGCCACUGGCCAAACGCAGCUAAAUUCACCCCCAAAAAAAAAAAAAAAAUCCUCACGAUGAGCAUCUCAACAAUACAAGAUUGCAUAUCCAAUAUUUCUCUCUACAGGUUUUCUACAGGUUUGGUUUAUUCUCUGAUCUGGACGCUGAGGCUGAGGCUUGUGCAGGAAGAGAUACGGUUUGCCUGAUGUUGUAGUUUUGUCGGCUGCCACUAGAUGUCACUGAAGAGUCCAUAUUACUGUUUGCUCCUUUAAGGUAGUGAAGGGAUUUUGGGUGGUUUUCGGCUGCUUUUAUGAAUUUGCUCAACAGCAAGCUCAGCUGUAGUGAAAACCGGACUGCUUAUCUCAUUAUAACUUUAAAGGAACAGUCCAAUGAAAAUAUAGGGCAGUCUAUCCAUUCAGAUGGUUUCUGUUUGAUUUGGUGAAGUUUCCAGUCUGUCUCCCUUCACCCCAGUACAGUGAGGCUGGAAGAGACAAUGGAAACCUUGCCAAAAUCGCACAGAAACUACCUGGAUGGAUAUAUUACACAAGGAGCAAGUGCACAUAAUAUCUUUUUGAUUAACAAAUCAGGAAGGAGUCAGAUUUCUGAGCCAUGAAAGCUCUCCAAAGCUGUCUCCAACUUUUUUU